AUGAGAACCUCAAGGUCCCCCCUUGGCGAUUUGCUGCUGCGUGGGAAGACGGAGGGUAGGGUCUGCUGGCAGCAGCAGCAGCAACAACAACAACAGCAGCAGCAGCAGCAGCACAGCAGCAGCACAGCAGCAGCAGCCCAGGAAGAAUCCUUGUGUUGCUUUUCGGCGCUGCAGGGUUAUGUUGGCCCUCUUCUGCCGUCUUGGCUAACUAGCGAGAGCAGAACCGCAGAGGGCGUUCAGCCUCUCAGACGGAGCACUCUGCUGUUCUUGCUGCAGCAGCGGCCGCUGCAGAACUGGUUUGGGGUGUGGUUAGGCGAAGGGAGAGUUUCUGUGGGCUUCGCGACCAUCAAUGGCUAUCCUCUCGGCGAGUACGCCGUGGCAACGGAAUUGGCCGACAAAGGCUUAAACGAAGCGCGUCUAGUUAUUCCGCCAGACUGGCUGCUGGAGGGCAUCAACGUGGUGACCCUGCUGGAUAUGUUCGGGGGCCGCGCUGACGGCGCCUUCAUUAGAGAAGAACUUCUCGAAGAGCUCUCUGCAGCGGCGGGCGCGGGGGCCCCCUGGAGAGCAGCAGCAGCACUGGUGGUUUUGCUGCUGCUAUUUUUGCUGCUGCUGUUUGUGAGUUUUUGUAGCAGCAAGAAGGGGGAAAAAGUGGCAUUUGCUGCAGCAAACGAGGCUCUUUGA